CGGCCAUUUUCUUCCUAAUUUUCGCUAAAGUCUCAAAAUGGCGGACGAUGGUAUGCUCCUGAACUUUGCGCUUCCAAGCGACGUCAUCAAACCACAAACGAAGAUCAAAGGCGGAUCAUGGCGUGAGCGACUCAGCGUCAAGAAAAUCGCCGCGAGAAGGGCAACGAACCCUAAACGGACCGCUGAUGGGGAUGGAAACAAAGAUGGGAAUGAGUCAGGCCCUCGGAAUCCGAAUCGCAUUCAGGUUUCCGGCUCCAGACCUGCAAAGAGACAGAAAACAGACGGGGGGUUCCAAAAACUUGGUGAAGGGCAAGCACACGGACAAGGUUCUGGACAAUCAAAGGGACCGAAGAAAGGACAGGGAGGAUCUGUCGUUUCGUCGCUUUUCUCGAAAAAUCCGCGACCCCGCAACGCUGUGGAGGAAGACAAGAACGACGAGCCGAUGGAAGAUGCGAAGCCGACUAACGCCCCGCUCAUUGACGGACUGGACACAUUCACGAAUCUUGGGUUGUCGCCUACCCUCGCUGCACACCUGCUCACGAAACUCGAACUUAAAGCUCCUACUGCUAUCCAAAAAGCGUCAAUAACGCAGCUCCUGAAGGAAGAGACGGAUGCGUUCAUCCAGGCGGAGACUGGUUCCGGAAAGACACUGGCUUAUUUACUCCCACUCGUGCAGCGGAUUAUGGCUCUUUCGCGCGCAAAGAACGAAGGUGAUGCGAAGGGUGACACGAGCGUCCAUAGAGACAGCGGGUUGUUUGCGAUUAUCUUAGCACCCACAAGAGAACUGUGUAAGCAGAUCUCGGUUGUCUUGGAGGGACUGUUGCGCUGUGCGCAUUGGAUAGUCGCUGGAACAGUUAUUGGUGGUGAGAAGAAGAAGAGCGAAAAAGCGCGGUUGCGGAAGGGGCUGAAUAUUCUUGUUGCGACACCUGGUCGGUUAGCGGAUCACCUAGAAAACACGCAGGCAUUGGACGUGAGCAAUGUACGGUGGCUGGUGCUCGAUGAAGGUGAUCGGUUGAUGGAGCUUGGGUUUGAGAAGGAGUUGCAGGAGAUCAUUAGCAAACUUGAUGCGCGGCAGCGGCCGAGUCGGAUUCCUGGUGUUCCAGCGAAGAGGGCGACGAUUCUUUGCUCGGCAACACUGAAGAUGAAUGUGCAGAAAUUGGGCGAAAUUAGUUUAAAAGAUGCAGUGCACAUCAAGGCAGAUCCGGCUGAUGAGGAUGGCGAGAAGACCGCGGAGGACAAGGACGGGGACGCAUUCAGGGUGCCCGCACAGCUUAAGCAGUCGUAUGCUAUUGUUGCAGCGAAGUUGAGGCUGGUUACGCUUACGGCUUUUAUGAAGCGGACGUUUAUGCGGAAGGGGUCUGUUAUGAAGGCGAUUAUCUUCGUUUCGUGUGCCGAUUCAGUCAAUUUCCAUUUUGAAGUGUUUACACGGAAACUUGCGGAGCAACUGGAGGGCGACAACCCAGACGAAGGAAGCGACAGCGAGCACGAAAAAGAAAAGGAAAAAGAGAAGCCUACGCCAGCCUCGACCCACGGAACAGUUGCGCCCGCAACUGCAUUCUCGAACUCUUCAAACGCUGUAACAAUGUACAAACUUCACGGCUCCCUUCCGCAACACGUCCGUACAUCCACACUUUCCUCUUUCGCUAAGAAUCGCGACCCUUCUGUCCUGAUCUGUACCGACGUUGCAUCCCGAGGUCUCGACCUUCCAAACGUCGACCUCGUCGUCGAGUACGACCCUGCCUUCAGCGCAGACGAGCACCUUCACCGAAUUGGACGUACUGCUCGUCUGGGCCGCGACGGCCGCGCUCUCGUUUUCCUACUUCCCGGCUGCGAAGAGAACUACGUCGAAAUCCUGAAACGCGGGUACCGCGAUGGCGGAAAGGCUCUGACACGCUCAACAACAGACGACAUUCUCAAGCGCGGCUUCGGUGGCAACAUCGAGUCCCAGAAAUGGCAGCUUGAGCUGGAGCGUUGGGCGCUGGACAAUCCUGAGUAUUUGGAGAUGGCUCGGCGGGCAUAUCAGUCUCACAUCCGAGCUUAUGCGACGCACGUUGCGAACGAGCGGCAUAUCUUCAAUAUCAAGGAGCUGCACUUGGGUCACCUUGCAAAGAGUUUCGCGCUGCGGGAUCGGCCAGGUAAGAUCAAUGUACCGGGUCUGCGGCCUGGGAAGGAGGACACCAAGAAGGAUUUUAAAGCGGAGCGGAAAUCUGCUGGCGGGAAGAAGAGGAAGGCUACUGGGUAUGGUGGUGGCAGAGAUGAUGAUGAUGACGAUGAUCGCCCUUCAGCGACUACGGACACGACGCUCGCGGCGCAGAAGAUGAGAGCCAAGAUGAAGGAGCAAUUGGCUGGGGCGAGCGAGUUCAAUCUUGCAUAG